AUGUCAUACUCCUACAGAAGCGAGCGGGACUGGGACGAGUCCCGUCCCGUCACAAUUAAGCGUUACGUCAUUCCUCCUGAAGACGACCGUCGAGACUUCAUGUCGAGGCACGAGGAUCCCUACACCGGGGAGCGGGAGAUGGUAAUUCGUCGCAAGACCGAUCGCGAUGAACCCGUCAGCAUCUCCCGAUACGAACGAGAGGUGGAUUAUGAAACCCCCGCACGCUAUGAGCGAUACUACGAAGAACGUGAGUACCUGCAUCCAUACGACAAUCGCCAAUACUCCCGAUCCAUGGAACCCAUAGGACGAGUGGAGCAGUUCCCCGCUGCCAGAGAACCAUCACUGAUUCAAGAAGCCCGCCAUUCAUACACCAGUCCCCGUGAAUCGGAAUAUGACCUGGUGCGCCGGUCCGAAGGCGAUGAGGAUCCAUACUACUAUCAUCGCCACCGUCGAACCCGUGAAUACGAUGACCGUCGCUCCCGCCGCGAUCUGAGCCCCGAGAACUCGAUUUCUCGCCGUGGCCGUAACCGAGACGAGGACUACAGCAGUGAUGACAGCAUGGUCUACGUUCGCAAAGAAACCCACGGCCAUGAGGAUCAUGCCCAUCACCGCCGUCACAUGUUGGAGGGCGCCUUGGUUGGUGCGGGCGCUGCGGAACUGAUGCGCAGCCGCAGCAAGAAAGACGGAGAAACCAGCCACGGCGCCAGCCGUAUCGGUAAGACCGUUGGUGCCGGUGCUCUGGGUGCAGUGGCUGUUAAUGCCGCUUCCCGUGCACGCGAGUAUUACCGAAGCAAGAGCCGUCAUCGUUCACACUCCUUUGACGAUGACCGCUCCUCCCACUCCCACCGCCACAGCCGACACAGCCUGCAUAGUCACAGUCGUCACAGCCGCAGCCGCAGCCGAUCUCACUCACACUCGCGUGCGAAGACUCUUCUCGAGCUCGGCGUCGGUGCCGCUGCAGUUGCUGCAGGUGUAGCCGCACUGCGCAGCAAGUCCAAUGCCGGAGACCGCAAGAGCCGAUCUCGUACUCGCUCGCGAUCUCGCGCUGCAAGCCGAGGCCGCUCAGCCAAGGGCGAAAAGGACGAAGAAAGAACCAUGUCAGAGCGCCGCAAGCACAUGGCCGGUGCAGGUUUAGCCGGAGCAGCUGUCGCAGGCAUCGUCGAAAAGGUCCGCAGCCAUUCACGGGCCCGAAAGGGUGAGCGCUCUCGCAGCCGCAGCCGUCUCAGACAAGCACUCCCAAUCGUAGGAGCGGGUCUAGCCACGGCCGCUGCAACUGGUCUAUACGAGAAGAAGAAAGGUGAGAAAGACGAGAAUGAUGCAAGCAGCCGUGGCCGACUUCGUUCCAGAUCUCGCAGCCGCGCACCGUCGCAGUCAUACCCAGACCCGGCACGCGACUCCGCUGGCCUGAUCGAAUACGGUAACGACCCUGUAGCAGGCAGUAUCCCCGCUGAGCACUACUACGGCCAACCGGGCGCCAGCCAGCCUUACCUGGAAGGUCCGGAAGCCUAUGGCGCGCGACGCCAAACUCGCAGCCGCAGCCGUAGCCGCGGGGGUCGCUACAGCAGCUCCUCGGGCUCGGACCGCGAGCGUGGAGACCGACGUCGCAAGCACCACAGUCGGUCCCGCGACCUUGCAGGCGCAGCACUCGGCGCUUCAGGACUCGGCUACGCCGCGCACAAGUUCAACGAGCGACGCAAGUCGAAGUCGCGAGAGCGCGAGCGCGAACAUUCCCACGCACGCUAUGAUGACCGCGACCGUGACCGCGAUGACCAUCCUCGCGAUCCAUACGAAGAAUCAUACGACCCUGAGCCAUACCCACCAUACCCGUCCUCCCCGCAAACAGGGCCCCCAAUGCCCGAUAACCACUACUAUCCCAAUGGCCAUCGAUUCCCACCUCCCCCAGGCGACUCUACCCAUAACCUGAACGCUACACCUGCCCCAUACAACCCAGCUGACUACCCCCCUCCCCCUUGUGCGGCACCGCCCUCGCAGCCGUACACCUACGGCGCAGGUCCGGAGCCAUACCGGCCGAGGAGACCCGAAGACAAUGUGAGAUCCCCACUUAUCCACCAGGGUCUAAACAACAAAUUCACGCCUUCGAGAUCGAGAUCAAAUAGUCAGCCCCCUUCGAAAUCUGUGGCGUUUGAUCUUUCGAAUCCGGACGAUGGCUAUGAGUCGGAUAAGAGUACUUCUACCAUUGAGCCGAAGCGUCGGGAUCGUCAUCGUCAUCACAGUCGUUCUCGUUCUUCAUCUGCCCCUCACUACGUGCACUCAAGUCGUGGAGAUGGCAAGAACUCCGACGAUUCCGAUUCAACUAUCGAUCUACCGAAUCGUUUCGAUAGCCAAGGCCGACUGCUUGAUCAAGAUCCUGCCGUUCAGAAAUUUGAAGAUUUGGUGAAUCGCUUCACGAAGGUUCUAUUCUAA